UAUAUAUGUGUAGAUAUAAAUCUUUGUUGAGUUAUUAAACAUGAAGGAAAAUAAUAUUUUAUAAUUUUAGAUAUUUAUCUCUAUAAUGUUUCUCGUAGCUGAAGGAAUAAAAUUAAGAGUCUCAAAAACGGUUUCCAAUGGAACAGCUAAACCUGCUACUUCUGAUAAUUUUGAUGAAGAUUUGAAGUGGGUGGAAGAAAAUAUUCCCUCUUCAUUCACAGAUGUAGCUCUUCCAGUGUUAGUGGAUUCAGAUGAGGAAAUCAUGACCAGAUCUGAAAUGGCAGAAAAAAUGUUCUCUUCAGAAAAGAUAAUGUGAUUGGAACCCAUAUAAAUGAAACCCAGUUAACGGUGAAGGACUUCCUCAAGACUGAAAGAGAGCUUUGUUUUGAUCUAGUGCAACAAGUUUUUAUUGCAUUGUCUUGGAAAUCUGUGUAUUAAAAUGAAGAAUUCAGGUGGUAGGAGGUUUCUGCACCCCUUUUAAGCUACUUUAAAUGUCAGCUUAAUGUCCACCAAAUUGCCUGGAUUUGGAAAUAAUCUAAGAGAAGUAUUAUGAUAAAGAAAUAUGCCCGGAUGCUCUUAGCUAGAAGGAGGCAGGGAU